AUGCGAGUUCUCUUUUGGAAUGUCAAUGGAGUGUCGAAGGUGGAGGCUGGUUUGAAGUUACGAGAGUUAGUUAAGGAGUUUAAGUCGGUUCUUAUGUGUAUUGCUGAGCCGAAAAUCCCUUAUUCAGAUGGUGUUAUGUUACGGCUUAAUUUAGCUGGUUUUUUUAAGAAGGCAGUUCAUAAUUCUACUUCAAGUUCUAUUGGUAAUCUUUGGAUUCUUUGGAGUGAAGAUAUUGACGAGCCAGUGGUGUUAAAUAUGACUAGGCAGGCUAUUACGGUGAAGACAGAAGGAGUAUUUAUUUCUUGUGUUCAUGCUAGUUAUAUCCAAGUUUUUAGAAGGAGAUUAUGGAGUCAACUUUCUGUGGUGGAUUCUACUACUCCUUGGUUGGUAAUUGGAGAUUUUAACUGUGUUCUUCGCAAUGAUGAGAAGAAGGGUGGUAGAGAUGUUCUUACUUCUAGUAUUAAUGAAUUCAGUGACUGGAUGGAAGAAAAUGGUGUUUUUGAGGCAGAUUCUUUGGGUUCUAAGUUCACUUGGACUAAUGGCCAAUCGGGGGUGAGAAGAAUUAUUAGCAAGCCGAGACGUGCUCCUUUCAGAAUUCAGAAAAUGUGGUUUACGCAUCCUGAUUUUUUGAGAAUGGUUGAGACUUCUUGGAAUGCUCCGGUGUAUGGUAAUCCGGAUUUUAUUUUUCCUUUCAAGCUGAAGAGAUUGAAGGUAGCUAUGAAGUUGUGGAAUCAACAGGUUUUUGGUAAUGUGAAUGCAAGACUCAAACAGGCUCAAUUGAAGUUUGAAGUGGCUAGUAGGAAUUCAGAUGAGGACCCUUUUGUCAUUUCUAAGCAGAAUGAGAUGAAGGAUGCGCUUGUGGCUAUUCAGGAGGUGCGUAUGCAGCAGCAUAUUAUGUUGAAGCAAAAAUUUCGCAACAAAUGGAUCUUGGAGGGUUCUAGCAAUACUUUAUAUUUCCAUAGUACUAUUAAUACUCGUAGAAGUGUCAAUACAAUUUCGGAGCUGGUGACAGAUGAUGGGUCCCUUAUCAUUGAUCCGGACCAAUUAAGAGACCAUGUUGUUUCUUAUUAUGAGAGUAAAUUUAAUGGAGUAGAUACGCAGAUUGAGGAUAGUUUGUUUGAGUAUGAACAUAAUUCUAUUUCUCUUGAGGAAAGACAUAUGUUGGAUUCUAUUCCUUCUUUGGAGGAAAUUAAGGUGGCAGUGUUUGAUUUGGGUGCGGAUAGUGCUCCAGCAACCAGACUUGUUAAAGUCUUAGAUAAUUUGGUUUCGGAGGAACAAGUGGCUUUUAUGAAGGGGAGAAAUAUUCAUGAAAAUAUUAGUUUGGCAUCUGAAUUGGUUAAUGAGCUGCACAUUAAAAGAAAGGAUGACAACUUAGGUCUCAAACUUGAUAUUUCUCAAGCUUUUGAUACAAUUAAUAGAGGUUUGCGUCAAGGGGAUCCGCUUUCUCCUCUUAUCUUUGUUUUGAUAGAGGAUGUUCUAAGUAGGAACCUUACUAAACUCUUUCAAAACAAGAGUAUGACUCAUAUGGUGAAGCGUGAUGGUAUUGCUCCAACUCAUUUAUUUUUUUCUGAUGAUAUUAUGAUCUUUUGCAAGAGUAAUAUGAUGAGUCUAACAAACUUAGUGAAGCUCCUGGGUGAUUAUCAACAAGCUUCUGGUCAGCGAGUUUGCAGGGAGAAAAGCAAAAUUUAUUUUGGAGGUGGGUCUUUGCAUAGGAGGCAGUAUAUUGUAGACUUCUUAGGCAUGGAAGUGACUUAUUUCCCGGAUAGAUAUUUGGGGGCUAAGGUGAUGCCUGGAGUGGUGAAGUAUAGCCAUAUUAGUAACGUGGUGGAUAAACUGAAGGACCAGCUUUCGGUUUACAAAGGUAAGAUGCUUUCCUUUCAGGAUCGUGUGGUACUUGUUAAAACUGUCCUUUCAAGUUAUGUGAUUCAUAACAUGGAUGUGUAUAAAUGGCUUGUUAAAUUUGUUAAACAAUGUGAACGUGUGAUUCGUAAUUUCCUUUGGUCGGGAGAUUCAAACUUGGCUAGAGCUUUUGUGGUUGGUUAUGACAAGAUCUGCAGUCCGGUGAGGGAAGGGGGUCUUGGGCUUACUAGCCUAAGAAACAUGAACAAGGCACUGAUUAUGAAGUUGUGGUGGAGUAUUAAAACUUCUACGAAGAAUUGGGCUAGAUUUCUUGAAUCGAAAUUCACUUGUAGAGAUGGUCGGCUGAAGUUGGCUGGAGUUAAAUCUUCAAUUCUUCCUGGGAUUCGUUGGGUGCACACUGAAGUUAUGCGCAAUACUAAAUCUUUAAUUGGUGACGGUAGAGCAACUUCACUAUUUUAUGAUGUAUGGUAUGGGACUGAAACUUUGGCAGAUGUUUUGCAACAACCCGACCUUGACAGAAAUACAAGGGUUAGUGAAAUCAUUGUGCAGGAUCAAUGGCAGCUGGAAGGAGUUCAUAUGCACGACCUCGUCAGUGCUGGUGUGGAUCUUGAGAGCUUUCCAAGGAGGCACACAGGCAGUAAUAGGAAGAUAUGGAUGCCGGACCUUAAAGGUUUAUUCUCUGUUAAGUCUGCAAGGGAGCUGGUGAGGAUGAGAUAUCCGGUGCUGGAGGAAGCAAAUCUGUUAUGGAAGAGUGUUGUGCACCCUUCUUUGGUAGAGCAAAAUUGGAAGUUUGUCAAGGGAGCUUGUGCAACUCUGGAUAAAGUAAAGAGCAGGUUCAAGAUAGCUCUUCCGUCGAGGUGCAGUGUGUGCCAGAUUGAGGAGGAGUCUUUGGAACAUGUUCUUUGGAGCUGUAGUGCUGCGAAUCGGGCUUGGCAAUGGAUGGCAGGUAUUUUCCAUAUUAUUCCUCAUUAUAACUUGCUUGCUGCUAAUAAGGAAGCGAAAGGGCGUAGUAGAAUGGUUAAAGACCUGUGGGUGAAGAUGUUAGAGCCUGUUGAGUGUUUUUGGCAACCUCCUAUGCACAAUCAUCUCUUGUUGUGCUGUGACGGUGCCUCUAGAGGCAAUCCAGGGGUGGCGGGAGCUGGUGUGGUGGCGAGGAAUUCUACCAUUGAAGUGGUUGGGGCGAUGUGUGUUGGUCUUGGAAUUAUUUCCAAUUAUAUGGCGGAGUUGUAUAGCAUUCUGAUUGGUUUAGAAUGGGCAGUUCAAUGGGGAUACCGGGAUGUUCUAGUGCGGACUGAUUCAUCAAGUGUCAUAAAAACUUUGGAAGGGGAUUCUAUUCCUUGGUUUGCUAGACAGAGAUGGUAUGAUGUAAAGGGCAUGUUUGAUUCUAUAAAUUUUGUGCACACGUACCGUGAAGCCAAUUUCGCAGCUGACAAGAUGGCGAAGACUGGUUUCUUAUUAGAUAAUUGA